GUUUCUUCAAGACGUGGGCUCCUACAUCGUCCGUUCCCCAUCGCUACACCUUGCAUGGACCUGUGGAUGCUCAGAAAGUGCGUGACUAAACGAACUCCGAAAUCCAACCCAGAGUGUUGAUUGAGUGGACGGAGUCCCGAAAGGUCGCUUAAAAACGAUGGAGAAGAAAGGCAGCGGCGGCUCCCAGCUGUCGCAACUCAAAGCGCGGGUUCACUCCGAAGGUCUACACGCAUUCGCUUCAGCAGGCGGCAAAAAGGGAAAGGGAAAAGGCAAGCAGCGCGCUGCCAACGGAGCUGGUGAUGGCGAAGGACAAAGAAGAGGGGCCAAGUUAGCUGCACUGUCGUCUUCAUUCGCAUCAGACUUCGACACCAAGCUCACCAAGCCAAAGCAUGAGGUGCUGGGCAAACGCAGCGGCCCUUCUACCGUCAAAGGCGCCAUCGGCCGACCAGCACAAGCCAAGUCUGGUGGCAUAGCAGCUCGAGAGGCGACCUUGCUUCCAGAACUGCAAAACCGACACAAGAGCGGGACAUUCGUUGAUCGACGAUUCGGAGAGAACGACCCAAGUUUGAGCUUGGAGCAGCGCAUGCUCGAGCGCUUCACCCAUGAACGACAGAGGGAACGAAAAUCGCAGGACAGCGGGAGACCAGGAGGGAGAGGUAAAGAGAGCGUUUUCAACCUGAAUGAUGGAGAGGAAGAAGGUCUCACGCAUUAUGGCCAGAGCCUCAGCACUUUCGAUGACGAUGAUGACAUGCUCGGUCUACCGUCUGACGAAGAAGGCCCACCUCUGCAACUGCCCGAGGACGCGGAAACGGAAGACGCGGAAGGCAAAGAGGAUCGCCCCCGCACAAAGGCAGAAAUUAUGGCCGAAGUCAUGCUCAAGUCCAAGAUGGCCAAGCACGAAAGACAGCAAGUCAAGGAGGCUGACGAUGAUGUGCGGCGCGAGCUGGACGAUGAGCUCGAUGAUCUUCGCGGCUUGCUCAUGGAAGUACCCAGCGCGCUGGCCAAUGGGGUACACGCCAGCGAGCCCAUGGUCAAGAGUCGAAAGAGGCUCUUGGAGGAGGAGAUGAAGGCUCGGGAGGAAGAGCGCGCCAAGGUGGGCGUGCCGCGGGAAGUUCCUGUAGAAGGACAGGACAGCAGGGCAGCGUCUAUUGCAGCAUUGACGACUGCUGCAGAUACGCACAAAAAGCCAGUGUCUGCGCUCGCGCCGGCACCAGCUUCGGGGCCCGGUUACGAUUCUGUCCUGCGCGAGCUCGCUUUUGAGCGCCGUGCAAAGCCGAGUGACAGGCUCAAGACUGACGCUGAGCUGGCAGCCGAAGAGGCAACGCGCUUGCAGUCGUCAGAGCGUGCACGACAGAGGCGCAUGCGCGGCGACGAUGAGGAUGACGACGAUGCUGGAGAUGCUGAAGGUGGUGGCAAAAGGAAGCGGGGCAACGGGAAGGAAAGGGCGAAAGCACGGCGAGUUCCAGGUGGAGACGACCUGGAAGAUGACUUUGAUCUUGGCGGCGUCACUGCUGGCGAAGCGUAUGGGCUUGGCCAAGGGUUAAAUGCAUUGCGGGAUGAUGAUAGCGACGAGGGUGAUCAAUACAUGGACAGCGUAUCCGAUGUCGAAGUGGAUUCGAACGAGCUACAAGCUGCAGCUUCUCAAGAUGGCGAUGAGGAUGAGGAUAAUGAGGGUAACGACGAGGAAGACGAGCACAACUACAACGACUUGGCGGACUUGGACGGCCUCGCGGAGCCCGGGGAACAGCUCGAUUCUGACGAAGAAAAAGUUGCCGGCGCUCAUGCUGAGGCGCUUGUGGACAGCAGAAUGCGGGGAAAGAAGAGCGCGAAUGCAAAAAAGGCCUCGAACGAUUCGUCGUCGAAGACAUCCGGCUCGACGCUCCCUUUCACCUUCCCAUGCCCGGCAACGCACGACGAAUUCCUGGACAUUCUCGAGGACAACAAAAUUGCAACCAAGGAUGUGCCAACAGUGAUCAAGCGCAUCAGGACGCUGUACCACGCGAGCCUGGCGGAGGACAACAAGAACAAGCUGCAAGUGUUCCUGCGCGUGCUGGUCGAUCAUGCCAUCUAUUCCGCGGACCAAGCCCAGCGAGCCAGUGCCGCCGCUGCCGCGGGGGCCUUGAAGAAGAGCGGGAGUAGCGCUGCGGCACGAGAGGCGGCCGUGGCUGAGACAAGAGUCAACGUGGCGCUUCUCAACUCGCUGCUGACCCCCAUCUUCGACAUUUCCAAGACAUACACUUCGAGUGCCGCGCACAUAUUUGUCGCGAAACUGCGACUAAUGCAGCGAAACCUGACGCGCGGACUCGCGUCGCAGUCUGUCGCGUCCACGUCGCCAUCUUCAUCAACCUCGACCAAGAGCGUCGCGCGGACGUGGCCGGGCUUUGCGGAGCUCUCAUUCUUCCGGCUCGCGGGCCUUGUGUGGCCAACAAGCGACCGGCAGCACGCUGUCGCGACGCCGAUGAUGAUUCUCGUCGCUCAGUACCUCGCGCACUGCCGGAUCCGUGCUGCAAGCGCGAUCGCCGACAUGGCGUGCGGCCUUUACCUGUGCACGCUCGUUGCGAGCUUCGAACGGGACAGCAAGCGGCUCGUGCCGGAGGCGCUCAACUUUCUGCACUACGUCUGCGCACUACUUGCGCCGCUGAACAGGCGCGCGAGGGCCAGCGUGCAGGCCAAGGCGGCCGAGGCGGGUAUUCCGAUGCUCGAUUUCGAUGCGGAGCACAUGCGGAAGCUGCGUCUGCCUUUGCGGGGCAAAAUGAGCGGACAACCGGUCAAGGGGGACUCAUCAGGCGUCGACCUGAGCAGCAACAACAACUGCACGGGUCCCGCUGAUCUGCUAGGCCUGCUCAUAUUCAACGACGACAUCUCAAGCGAUGCGGGCGAAGCAGCGCGCGUGCAGCUCUUCUCAACGUGCCUUUCGUUGCUGCAGACGUUCUCGGAGAUGUGGAACGGCAGCGAGAGCUACGUCGAGCUGUUCGAGCCAGCAGAGCAGCUUCUGGCCUUGACGCAGCCGUUCCUGUCCAGCGCGACGAAGGAGCCGCAACAAGCCGGUUUUGAGCGUGUCAGUGAACAAGCGUCGUCCCUGCAGGCAUCGUUGGGCAAGCGCAUCCAGUUCGCGCGGGGCUCGCGGCGUACGCUGAGGCUGCAGGCGCACCGUGCGCUCGCGAUCGCCAGCUACGUGCCCAAGUUUGAGCAGAACGGCUUCGACCCGCGACGGCGGCAAUUCGACCCGGACGUGGAGCGGGCGCAGCACGCCAAGCUCACGGCGCUCGUCAAGAAGGAGCGCAAGGGCGCCGUGCGGGAGCUGCGCCGUGACGCGCAGUUCGUCGCGCAGGUACGCGAGCGCGAGCGCCAAGAGGAGGAGAAGGGGUACAAGCGCAAGAUGGACAAGAUCAUGUCCGAGUUACAGACGGAGAGGUCGGAGGAGAAGAAGUUGGAGAAGGAAAAGGCGCGUAUGAAGAAACGUCGUUGAGAUGCAUGCGCACGUACUGUACUUUUUUAUCAGAUGCGAAUUCCAACAAGGAGACG